AUGUCUCUUCAACUGCUUGCUAGGGAUCAAAUCGAUGUACAUUAUGAUAACGCUAGUCAAGAUCUCGAUAGAUCAAAGACUGAUUCCCAAUCACCACUCAUAAGAUGGAUCGAUAAACGUAGACAUUCCCUUAGGCGACUGUGCCAAUUCAAGGUGUACAAAAUCUCCCUAACACACAUAGUAGUUCUAAUAACAUGGGUCUCACUAUUACUGAAGUUUACGAAUCAUUAUAGAAAACUAUAUCAAAAUUCAGCACUUUUAGCUACUAUGUGCACUAACGUUUUACUGUUUGGAAUAUCAGAUUCCAUGGCUCAGAGCAUAUUAUGUUAUUUUUCUACUCAUAUGGAUCCAGUUCCACAAGUAAUUGAUGAUAUGGUGAGUAGACUCCGUAGACCGGCUCAAAUAAUAGAUGAUGAUAAUGAUUCAGAUGAUUUAUCGGUUUUCAACGAUUAUGGGGAACCACUAGAUGAUGAUGAAUCAGUUUACGAUUUUAGUGCUCCAGACUCUCAUAAGUUUAAUUUCUUUAGAUGGGCUUGUUUCAUGUUCUGGGGGUUUAUUCUAUCUUUCUUCCAAGUCCCCUGGUACAAGUUUCUCAACUAUUUUUACACAGAAGAUCCCACAGUGGUGCAAGUACUAGAAAGAGUUCUAUCAGAUCAAUUGCUUUACUCCCCUGUUUCCUUAUACUGUUUCUUUGCAUAUUCGAACUAUGUGAUGGAAGGUGGUAACGCUGAGACUUUUAGUAAAAAGAUUCAGGUUCUGUAUUUGUCCACACUUGGUUGUAAUUAUUUGCUUUGGCCCCUAGUGCAGUUUAUUAAUUUCCUGCUGAUGCCUAAACAUUUUCAGGUGCCCUUCAGCUCGUCUGUUGGAAUUCUUUGGAAUUGUUUCCUAUCCAUGAGAAAUGCUUCUAAUUCUAUUAAUUGA